AUGUCAGCUCUUGACGCAAUUAAAGUGUACGAAAGUGGAUCUGGUAGUGAAGCUAGUUCAGAUUCGGAUUUUGGUGGAUUCGAUUCGAUCAACACUUGGGAGAAGUUCCCGGAAAUUUCCAUGCUUGGCACUUUUAGUCAGGUUGAUGACAGAGAAACACACGGAACUUUUUCAGACGGCGACGAUCUUUCGAUGGACAAUGCAAGCACUACUAGAUUUCAAAUUUGGACUAAUUUUGACACUUUCUAUUCUUUCUCUAUCGUUACAGGUCGGCCCCAACCAUCGGUCAAGUGGCUUAUCAACGGCAUCCUGGUGGAUGAGCAAUACGAACACAACUCCGGCGAUGUCAUCGAAAAUCGACUCCUCUGGGCAGCGAUUCAACGCUCCGAUUUGAACUCGAUAUUCACCUGCCAGGCAACCAAUACUCAACUGGCAGAGCCCAAAGAGAGCAGCUACGUGUUGGAUUUACAUCUGAAACCGCUGAGUGUGAAGAUAAUGAACCCGUCGACGCCGUUGGUUGCCGAUCGUCGAUACGAAAUUUCCUGCGAAAGCGUUGGUUCGAGGCCAAAUGCGAUUAUAACCUGGUACAAAGGAAAGCGACAAUUACGCCGGGCAAAGGAGGAAAUUCUCAACAACACAACCCGUUCCGAGCUGAGCUUUGUACCGACCACGGAAGACGACGGCAAACUGAUAACAUGCCGAGCGGAAAAUCCAAAUGUCACGGGGCUGUUUCUGGAGACUUCCUGGAAGAUUGAAGUAGUGUAUCCACCAAUUGUUUCGCUACGGCUCGGAUCGACACUCUCGGCGGAAGACAUCAAGGAUAGUGACGAUGUUUACUUCGAGUGUCACGUCCAGGCGAAUCCUCCAUGGAGGAAAUUGCACUGGCUACACGACGGCGUAAUGAUAACUCACAACGCUUCCGCCCGUGUUAUUCGCUCGAACCAGAGCCUGGUGCUGCAGAAGGUGAACCGUAACUCGUCCGGAAAUUACUCGUGUAGCGCAAUCAACGCCGAGGGUGAAACAGUCAGCAAUCAGCUGGCACUACGGAUCAAGUAUGCUCCCGUGUGCGCAACGGAAAAAAUUAUCAUUGUGGGAGCCUUCCGCAGCGAGUCCCUUCACAUUCCCUGUGAGGUCCAGGCCGAUCCGCCUCCACGGCAGUUCUUCUGGAAGUUCAACAACUCGGGCGAAACGCUUGAGAUCAGUAAAGAGCGGUUUGUUAAAAACGGUUCACUAAGCCUGCUAAGCUACACGCCCGUCUCCGAUCAGGACUAUGGCACGCUGACCUGCUGGGGACAGAACGAGGUGGGCCUGCAGCAGUGGCCCUGCUUCUUCCAAGUGGUGCUUGCCGGAUUGCCAUCGACGGUGAAAAAUUGUACGAUAAACAAUCAAACGCAGAACUCGGUGGAAGUGCAGUGCAUAGCCGGGUAUGAUGGUGGUUUGCCGCAGAUUUUCAUGCUCGAACUGGUUUCGAGCAGAACGGGGAGACUGAGGUACAACGUAACCAACCCGGACGAACCAUACUUUGUGAUAGAAUCGUUAGAAUCGCUAAUCCACUACAACAGUAUCUACGAUGACCUGGGUGAUGACAACGCAUUCAAGGCAGUCAUCUAUGCCGUAAACCAGAAAGGAAGAAGUCAGGGUGUAGUCGUCAAAGAUUUUUUCCUCGAGAGCACGACCACAGAAAACCGAGCAGUUCUAACGAGCACCUCGCUGGACCACGUUUCGCCGAUUCUGUUCGGAGUUUUGCUCACUCUGCUGGUAUUGUGCUUCGUCAUCUUCGUGCGCGUUUACUACAUAAAAGCCACAACCACCUCCUCAACCAUCACGAAUGUUAACAGUGAUCUGGUUAACAACACGAAACAGCAUGGGUUGAAACAGGAUCAGUUUUCCAAGAAAAACGCCAAACAGAGCCCCCGAUGGCAACAUGGUGCUGGCAGUGGAGGAGGCGCCGGUGUGGGCGCUGGUGGUCCAGGUACCGGAACUGGUGACCACCAGCACGGAGCAGGCGUUGAUGGCACAACCCGGCCUGAUCCAACGGACGACGAUAGAGGCGAUCCGGACGUGAUUCCGGCGCAGUACGUGUCAAACGAUGGGGAAGAUUCCAGUUUCAAUUCGUCCAAAUGGCCUAAUGGGAGCUAUUACGACCGAUACCCGAAUCAUGAUAUACGACCAACGGAGCUGCUGAUACCCCCGGCGGGCAGGGCUCAUCACAUCGGGGGUAUCGGAACCGGGCUCGGCGGCAGUGCGACAUCUACGCCGGUGGUAAAUCAAUUACAUCCGAAUAUUAAUCAAUGCGGUGACCCCUCGGCAAGCCUUAAGCUCGGGGCGUACUACACAUCGGGAACUGGUACGGUUACCGCACUGGGCCCCCCGGUAGCAACCGGUCCAACGAUAGCACUGUACGGCGCAGGGCAUCAUCAAUCAAGCGGCCUAUUGCCCAACGGUGGACCGGACAGCAGUACCGGAGCGCAAGGGAUAAAUCCGAACGAUUACGACAUCAAUGUACAUACUAUCAAAAAUAUGCUAAUGACCACUAGGGUGCCGGAGAGCUGCGUUUAGUUGUUGUUCCUUAGUGUAUAGGGCUACGAGCGACGAGAGGAAAUGCCAAAACUUCCUCGGUCGACCGCGGAUCUUUUCUGCGUGUUUGUAUUUCUGAAUGUGUGUAUCAAAAUGGAUGAUAGUUCUGUAGUGUUAGAUUAGGCGAGUAUAAAUUCCACUAAAUAAAACUAUAACUAUUUGGAAACUAAAUUUUAAAUCAAACGGCGUUUAGCAAUCCAACCCAUGACUAAUUUUUGCUAAGUAACACAUUGACAAGUAGCUCGACCUACUUUGAUAUAACUUCUUCAGCUGAUAGAAUCAGAAGAUUUCAAAAAUGCAAACAUAUACCGAUUGAAAGUUUAUUACAAGAUUCAAGAUUAUAUUCUUGCAGUCAAUUAUCACUUUUUGUGAAAAGCAUUGUAAUUAAAUAUUUUCCACUGAAAAUUUGUUACUAGAUUUUGAUUUUGCAACGAUUUUAUACUACAAUCAAUUGUGCGUAUGUUUAGUUUUGCUAUGUGGCCGGGACAGUAGACAGUAAUGGAAAAAUCGGUAUCUAGUUUGAUAGUUCUGAUAAUUAUCAAACGAAUCGAAUAUCUUGAAUGUGAAAUACCAAAUUCCAGUUACCGAGAUAGCUAACUAUAACAUUUCCCACACUGGUGAUUAUUUGCGAGUUACGAUCAAAAUUCGAAAACGUUUGAUUCAAAGAAAACAAUAUGUAAAUUAUAAAUUUACUAAGUGAAAAAAACUUCCAAGGCAAGAAUGAACAAAGCGCGAAAGAACACAGCAUUUAUUCCAUUGCCUACAUUUGAUAAAAAAAAAUCACAAAAACUACCGCUCUUAAUGCCUGUGAGAAAUACAAUGUGAACAAACAAAAAGUGGACAAAGUUUAUGUACCUAUGUAUUUUUGUGUACGGGAGAUAAAAAUAGAGAAACUGCAAAAAAAAAUACAACGGAAGCGUUCAAGCGGUACCUUUACGCAAACAGUCUGCAGGCGUGUUAAAUAAAUUAUUGUAGAAGAGUUCCCGAGAAAUGAAAACAUGAGAAUGCAGCAAAUACAACUUAGUGAUACUGACUUCGUUUGACCGUGUUCCUAUUUACUUCAGUUAUACAGAGCAAGCAAGUAUAAUAUGUAUAAUUGCCCGGUGCCUCCGUUAACCAUAGAAAAAAAGUAACGUUGAAUGCAUUAAAAUGAGUUUAUUUAUGUAAUGAAAUUAAGGAGCAUUCGAAGGAUGGAUUUUUUAAAAUUCAAUUGCGUAUGUGCCAAGAAAACCAUAUCCUAGAAAGUAAAAUCGAACAAUCUUCCAUCCACUGGUCAUUACAUUUUAAAUUAGACAAUUGUAUUGUUCAGUUUUUGUUCAUCAAGUUUAUCCCUAUAGUGAAAGGACUGUGUGAUAAAACUAUACAUAUUGGUUGCCCUACAUAUCCUAUCCAUUAGCAUUUUUGCAUAUGUUUUGGAACCUGUUGAACGAGCUGAGAGGAGAAAGUGUAUCCAAAGUUAGACGGAAAAAAAUUUCCAGAUGUACAUACAGUGAAUGACCCUAUAGAGAGUAAGUUGGUCAUUGUGAAGCGAAAACAACCGAAUAAGAAACAUCAUUUAGAAAAUUAAGAAAUUGUAAGACAAAAACAUUGUUAUAAAAAAGACACAAAUAUAAAACACUCUUUCUGAAAAGAUCCA